AUGAUCUUUGUCCCAACCCAAGACGAUACCAAGACAUCUGGGCUACCCGUGGACACCUUUAGGUUCAUUGAAGAUCAUCCGCGCAUUCCGUCCGCACGUUCCGGGCAUAUCCCUUCGGUCUCUGCGACAUGCGCGAGUGCGAAGAUGCGUGCAUGA